ACUUGGGAGACCUGGCGUUGAUUGUUAUUGCCAACAUGAAAGUGGUGCAGCUGUUCUACAGCUUCAAUUUUUGAUCAAUGAGGGUGCUUUGGUCAGUGCAAGUUCGGAUGAUACUCUUCAUUUAUGGAACCUUAGACAAAAAAGGCCAGCUAUUCUUCAUUCUCUUAAGUUUAACCGAGAACGAAUUACUUACUGUCAUCUACCUUUCCAGAGUAAAUGGCUCUAUGUUGGAACAGAAAGAGGAAAUACACAUAUUGUAAAUAUUGAGUCUUUCAUACUUUCUGGAUAUGUUAUCAUGUGGAACAAGGCAAUUGAACUAUCCACCAAGACUCAUCCAGGUCCAGUUGUACAUUUAAGUGAUAGCCCAAGAGAUGAAGGAAAACUGCUAAUAGGUUAUGAAAAUGGUACUGUAGUGUUCUGGGACUUGAAAUCUAAAAGAGCAGAACUGAGAGUUUAUUAUGAUGAGGUAAGUGAUUUCUACUAA